GACGAUCGCCACCGUUCAGUAUCGUUCAUCCGGUGGUCAGGGUAACAUCUCCAUUCACGAGUUGUGUAGCGAUUGGUGGUCGUAGCCCGUGUCUAGCAGCAUUUGUUGUCUGGCACAUGGUCGGAAGUGUUGCCUGGCGUAUGGCGUGAAGCGAAUAAGCAAUCAGUGGCUUUGAAGUGAGUGCAUUAGCUGAUGAUCAUUUAGCGAAGGUUUCAGUGCAGGUGAAAGAUGAACUACGACAGUGAUCAACAACAGCAGCAGCAGCAGCAGCAGCAGCAGUCGCUGUCGCUGGCACCGGAUGGAACGGGAAGAUGGGAACGUUCGAUGCUGAAGCUCGGACCCUUUGACCCACCACAUUCGCCGGGAGGAUACGGAGAGCAGUUCGCAUACUCGUCGCCCAUCACUCCAGUGACCCCAAACACACCGCUAGUGUGCUAUCCCAUGAAAAACCGUGUACUUCGCCCGGGAGUGAAUCGAAAGUAUCGCAAGCGCGCCAUCUUGAAGAACGGAGACUGCAAUGUGGUGCUAUCGCGACCACCUCGGCAACAUUUGCGCUUUUUGCAGGACAUCUUCACCACGCUGGUCGAUGCGCAGUGGCGUUGGACGUUGCUGGUGUUUGCGUUCAGCUUUGUCGGGUCGUGGCUGUUCUUCGCCGUCAUCUGGUGGCUGAUUUCGUACACGCACGGUGACCUUGAGGAGUUACAUCUGCCCGAUAACCAGUCUGAAAUCGGAUGGAUCCCGUGCGUGUACAACAUCUACUCGUUCACGUCGGCGUUCCUGUUUUCGAUCGAAACGCAGCACACGAUCGGGUACGGUGUGCGCACCACGACGGAGGAGUGCCCCGAAGCCAUCUUCGUAAUGUGCUUCCAGUCGAUCUACGGACUGAUGAUACAGGCGUUCAUGGUUGGCAUAGUGUUCGCGAAGAUGACGCGUCCGAAGCAGCGCAGCCAGACGCUGCUGUUUUCGAAAAAUGCCGUCGUCUGCCAGCGCGAUGGUGAGCUGUGCCUGAUGUUCCGCGUGGGGGAUAUGCGCAAGAGUCACAUUAUCGGUGCGUCCGUGCGAGCGCAGCUGAUAAGAACGAAGACGACGCGCGAGGGAGAAACGAUGGCCCAGUAUCAGCACGAGCUGGACGUGGGCUCGGACGGCAGCUCGUCCGAGCUGUUCUUCAUCUGGCCCCAGAUUGUGGUGCAUCGGAUCGAUAAGAACUCGGCACUGUACAACAUGUCCGCGUCGGAUAUGCUGCGCGAGCGGUUCGAGGUCGUCGUCAUUCUGGAGGGUACGGUGGAGUCGACGGGCCAAUCGACCCAGGCGCGGUCGAGCUACGUCAACACGGAAAUUCUGUGGGGCCAUCGGUUCGAGCCGGUGGUGUGCUACAACAGAGAACAGCAGGGAUAUGAAAUCAACUACAGCAAGUUUGACUCGACGCUGCAGGUCGACACACCGCUCUGUUCGGCCCGGGAGCUGGCCGAGUUUUAUCGAGCGCAGGACGACUAUCGCCCACCGACUGAUGUUGGCGAUAAUAUGUCCACGAAGACGCAGCUCGAGCGCCGCUGGAAGGAUCACUACAGCACGAUAGUGAACACGCUCAGCCAGUACCAUCUCGCGGAUGAAGCGGGCGUCGGCGGUGGCACAGACCAUCUCUAUCCCACGCGCUACCUCACGAUACAGGGCGUUCCGCGGCGAAGGAAAUCGUACGUCGCGCUGCAGAACAAUCUGUGGAACUUGUUCGAUCGUCCUCCGAAUCCGCGGCUAAAGAUAACGUCCAAGGAGGACGGUGCCGGCAGUCCACGGCGAGUGUCGGACGAUGAUCCGAUCGUGAACAGUGUGACGGUGCAGAAUAUCAACGAACGGUCCACAGCUGGUGGUGGAGGUGGAGCAUAAGUGCUGGAGGUGUUCGUGCGUUACAAAGAUCUGGUUUUAGGUUCGAUGUGGCUCUUUGCCGGCUGGAGUGUGGCGGUUUUGCAGUGUACUUACGUUUAAGUGUGUAGUAGUAGCAGCCGGUUGAACCAGUUAGCUUUAGUGUACGAAUUCCAGCUUGCAAUGGGAGAUGAAAUAAAAUUACUCUUUUAUUUAUCACUGCAA